UCUUUUUUUUGCUGAGUAUAUAUAAAUGAUAUAUAAAAAGCAUUUUGCUGCUGCUACAUGAUUGGAUUAAGAUAACUGUAUUAGAUUACAAUAGAUUACUUAUGAAUGUGCAGUUACAUUAGAUAACUGUAUGAAUGUGCAGUUACAUGUAAAGGGGAAGAAAAAAAACCCCCAACAAUAUAUUCAAGUACUUGUUGGGCGUUGCCAUGGCAAUGUCUGUUUAUGCCAAGAGCGGUCCCGGAUGUUAUUAAUGCGUAGCGACGCCCAUAGACCGCAUGUUGAUUUUUCCAUAAGGACAUUUCCAGCAUAAUUGAGGAUCCUUUCAAAUUAAUGACAUAACUCAAUGGAUACUAAACCAGGAGAUGAUCUGCUGGAUCUCAGAGCCUCUGAGCUCGUUAAGAGUGUGUUAGACGGCGCUCAGUGCACGCUGACUCGCGCGCCAACACCGGACAGCAACCAGCUGGAUUUCAAGAUCAGGAACAUCGACUGGGUCGCUUGCAAAGACUUUACAAUCAGUGUAGGAAAAACCCAAAUCGAGCAGUAUAUGAGCACCUGGGAGGUGGAGCCGAGGUGGUUGUUCAGCGUCCAGUUCCUGCAGGAGAAUGAGCUGGAGUUUGAGAAACAGUUCCACUACAGGGCGCUGUGGAGCAUGCCGAGCCGCCGCUGCCCUGUACCUCACAGCACAGCGUCGGUCUACUUCACCUUCAGCACCUCCUCUACCAAACCAAGCACGAUGCCUGUGCGAGUCAGGUUUCAGGUAGAAUCCAGCGAGACGGUGCAUACUCCAGGAAAAACCAGAUUCCGAGAAAAAUGGCUGAAGGACGUUAUUGAAAGCAAGGCACUGCUUAUGGAUACCAUCACUUUUUAAAACUGAAGUGUCAACGUGGUUUAAAGAAUUAAAGCCAAGCCUGUGAUUUAAACUGAUACAAAACCAACAUUUUGAUUUUAUUAGAUUGCAUUAAUUGUAUUUUUCAUUAAUUAUAACAUUUAACGUAACAUUAAACUCUGCAUUGUGCUUGUUAUAAAAUCUAUUGAAAUAAAUAUAAAUACAUACACUGAUCAGCCAUAUCAUUAAAACCAUGUGCACAAUAUUGUGUAGGUUCCCCUUGUGCCACCAAAACAGCUCUGACCCGUUGAGGUUUCAACUAUUAGAGAAUAAUGAAUAUUGAUAAAUUCAGCCAGAGGCUGAAAGUCGAACUUAAACUCUAUUGUAAGCCUAGUUUUUACCCGUGGGCCCUCAAUAUACAGUAAUCCUUCUCAUUUAUAUGCACCAUUGUAUACACUGUAUUUUAGCAAGGUGUCCAUGUUCUGUGAUCAUAGCCUAUAAUUUUUCAUCCAUCCAUCCAUCUUCUACAGCUUACUCCUUUUCAGGGUCACAGGAGAACCUGGAGCCUAUCCCAGGGAGCAUCGGGCACAAGGCAGGGUACACCCUGGACAGGGUGCAAGUCCAUCGCAGGGCACAAUCACAUACACAUUCACACACCCAUUCAUACACUAUGGACACUUUAGACACGCCAAUCAGCCUACCAUGCAUGUCUUUGGACUGGGGAAGGAAACCGGAGUACCCGGAGGAAACCCCCGCAGCACGGGGAGAACAUGCAAACUCCGCACACACAGG